AUGGGCUUCGAAGCCCCCGCCGCCGACGACGACGCACAGCGCCCACCAGACACCAUCACCAUCCACCCCGUCAACACGCACGGCACCGACGAUGCCGCCAAGCACGACGCUCAGGAGGAGCAGCGCCACCUCGGCACGCUAGACCGCCGGCUCAAGUCGCGCCACGUCCAGUUCCUCGCCCUCUCCGGCGCCAUCGGCACCGGCCUCUUCGUCGGCAGCGGCCAGGUGCUCUCGCUCGCGGGCCCGCUGUCCGCCCUCGUCUCCUACGCCGUCACGGGCUUCAACCUCUUUUGCGUCGUCAACUGCCUCGGCGAAAUGGCCGCCUGGCUGCCCAUACCGGGCGCCGUGCCCAUCUUUGCCGCGCGCUUCGUCGACCCGGCCCUGGGCUUCACGCUCGGCUGGAACUACUGGUACCAGUUUGCCAUUGGCGUGCCCAUCGAGGUCACCGUCUGCGCCGUCAUCCUCGACUACUGGCCCAACGCGGUGCCCAAGGCGGCGCUCACCACCGUGUUUCUGGCCACCAUGGUGCUCGUCAACUGCCUGCCGGUGCGCAUCUACGGAGAGGCCGAGUUUGUGUUUGGCGCCGUCAAGCUGACAACCAUUGUCGGGCUCAUUCUGCUCAUGUUCAUCAUCACCGUCGGGGGCUCGCCGUCGGGCGACGUUAUUGGAUUUCGCUACUGGAAGAAUCCCGGUCCAAUGAAUGAAUACCUGAAAACGGGCGCGCUCGGUAGAUUCCUGGCGUUUUGGAAAGUGUUUAUCCAGGCGACGUUUUCCUAUGGCGGCAGCGAAAUGGUCGUGGUUGCUUCGGGCGAGACCGAGGACCCGCGACGCAACAUUCCCAAGGCCAUUCGACGAGUAUUUUGGCGAAUUCUGCUAUUCUACGUCUUGUCCAUUUUCCUCGUCGGACUCUGUGUCUCGUCUAAAGAUGAAAAGCUCUUAAACGCCAUCAAUUCGUCUGCACCCGGCGCCAAGCAAAGCCCCUUUGUCAUUGCCAUUGGAAAUGCUGGAAUAAAGACUCUGCCGUCCAUUAUAAACGGCGUCAUUCUCACAUCCGCCUGGUCCGCUGGAAAUUCCUUCUUUUAUGCUUCCACGCGUGUGCUGUAUUCGGCGGCCCUCGACGGCAAGGCUCCAUCCAUUCUUCGCUUUGAAAGGUUUGGCGUACCAUACGUCUGUGUAGCCGCUACCACUGCGCUCUCAUGCCUCGCCUAUCUCAAUGUCAAUAAUCAAUCUUCUGAAGUAUUCUUCUGGAUCAGCAACCUGUCUGCAGUCAGCACACUCAUCGUCUGGGCCAGCGUCUCUUACACGCAUUUACGCUUCUACCACGGACUCGGCCACCACGGCGUAGAUCGAGACACGCUUCCCUAUAAAUCUCCCAUGCAACCAUUCUUGGCGUAUUUUGCAAUUGUAUUCUGUCUCGUCGUUGCUCUUUUCAAUGGAUUCGAUGCAUUUUUCCCGGACAGAUUCUCUGCCAAGUCUUUUCUCCCCCCAUACAUUGACAUUCCGAUUUUUCUCGGCUUGUUUCUUGGGUACAAACUUGUUAAAAAAACAAGAUUGGUGCCAUUGGCGGAGAUGGAUAUAUGGUCAGGCAAAGCUGAAAUCGAUCGUCUCGAAGGAACUUGGGUAGUUCCCAAGCCAAGAAAUCUUUUGGAGAGGAUAUGGUUCUGGCUGGCAUAG